AUGACUCCUGCUCCUCGCCGCAGAAAUUUGCUUGGUCAUCGCCGUCGCGUCGAGGACGAGGGCGACGAUGACGGCCGUCCAGACGGUCUGGACCUUGAUGACGACUCCUUGACCGAUGGCACCAUGGCCACCGACGACCAUGAUGCCGCCGUCGACAGCGACACCAGCAACAUCGAAGACGCCUCGCCCACAUCUGGUCCUGUCCAGCAUGUCUCCAAUGGCUCUACUAAAUCACAACCAAAGCGCCACUCCAAACCCGCUCCCCCUCCAGCCCCUGUCGCCACGCGGCCUGCCGCUAUCGCGAAACCACCCGCCGACGACCAGACACCGCCGCAGCAGAUUCAGGCACAGUCCAACCAGGUUGUGCCAUCGCCGUCGAAAUCUCCAUCCGCGCCUGUCAUUGUCAGUUCCGCCUCGGCCAUGAGACCGCCUGCCACUGACCCAAAUGCUCGACGCCGCAACGAAAAUGAUGACUACAAGCGUCGGCGAGACCAAGACCCUGCCUUUGUUCCCAACAGAGGCGCAUUCUUCAUGCACAGACAGCCUCCAGGUCCCCCAGACGCCACUUUUCGCCCCUUCGGCCGUGGUACUAGAGGACGAGGCGGUCGCGCUGGUUUUGCUGCGAAUAAUUAUGGCCGUAUACAUCCCAUGUAUCAGUCGGCGGACCCAACGGCCAACAUGCCAUGGACACAUGACAUGCAUGAAGCCAUUUCUGUUCCCCAAUACCCCCGACGAUCACGCCAAGUAUCUAUGGAAGGGGGACCAGCACACGGCAAUGGAUUCAUUCCGACCUGCAGAGAUAGCGACAAGCCCAUCAAUCGAACGCUCUCGACGGAAAAGCACAUAGGAAACGUUCAAGUCCGCGUUUAUCUCCCCAACAUGCAGGAGCCCUCAAUCUACUCCGGCAUUCAGAUGAAGCAGUACACAAAGCUUCCAGAUCACCGACCACCGCUACGGAGAGAUAAACCCGUGCGUAUCUCCCUUCCCGAGAGGGAGCCGAGUUACAUUUACCCGGCAUCGGACCGAUCAUUCACCUUUAUUCCACGGGCUCUUCGACCGAACCAGCAGCAUCGCGUCCGCGGCAAACCUCGAUCAGGCUUUGGCUCUGUGAGCAACUUCUCCCGUCGUACCAGCGCUUUGGGCGGCAGCUACUAUGGCAGCAUGUACUCUGCUAGUGGUAACAUCAGCCGUAGGUCGUCUAUUAUCCACGAAAGGGAUUUCAUGUUUUCGCCUACUGGGUCCGCCGUCUCUCGGGCACCCUAUUCAUUGGACAGGCCGAUAGUUCGUCUUCCGCCUUGUGCACGAAUGGACAUGACGCCAGACAUCGGUACCCAGUUUGGGCCACCUAUGCACAUGCCUAUGCCUUUACCCGUGCAGGAAAUGCCGCCGCCAGGCAGGAUGGAUGGCAGUUUCAUGGACGGCGCAGGGCCCGCACUGCCUAUGUAUCAGCCUCGGCCCCAGAAGAACAUCUCUGUGGCGCAUAUUGAAUCGCCCGGCAUGCCCCAAGGUGGCCAGACUUUCCAACAGGCCUUCCAUCAGCAAGUUCCGGUCCAGGUCGGCGGUGGCUACCAGCAAGACAGCCACUCAAGGAGGCCGUCGCACUCGCAGCGCGUAUCCGGUACACCGCUGUCGCAUAUUCCAGAGCGCCCCGCGCAUGCUGCACCAUCUAACACCAACGCCUUUCCUCAGCAAGGUUACUACCAUGGUCAACCCCAGCCCAACCAGCCCAACCCGCAAGGCUACUAUUACCCGGGCAACUAUGCGGCAGGCAGCGCGAAUGAGCAAGCAAACGGCUACCCCUCGAAUGCCCCGAGCCCCAUGGCCGGCAACUACGCGAUGCAAGGUCAGAUGGAACCGCAAGCCAGCCAGACGGGAGGCGCCACCGCAUCGGGCAAUCUCGUUGCGCAAGAGGCCAACGGCAUGGUCUACUACUUUGAUCCUUCUACGAUGCAACCACCAACAACCACCUAUGCUCCUUACCCAUCCAUGCAGACCUAUCCUACGAGCUCCAUGGGCAUGCACGGGAUGAUGACGCCUAGCCCCGAUACCUUUUACUACUCUCAGACAGCCCCCGGCAUGAUGUACUAUCCACAGUAG